AUGAUGGAUGUGAUCACUUUGACGUCGCGUGGGGAGGCGGGGUCAGACGAGCAAGACAAGAAAGAGGGUGGUACGAUAAAGAGCGCGUGCGAGCACCGAGAUACGUGGACACUGGGUACAAACGUACCGGGGUUGAUUUUGCACGCUCAUCAGUUCCCUCCAGAUGAAGGUAAGCGCCGUCAUCAUGCAGCGAAGUGGACUCCAUCCUUCAAGCGCGGACUAUCAAGAGCGAUUGGCUCCUUUAACGGGGCGCUUCGGUUGGCGCCGAUGAGUGCAGCUGAGUGGUCUCAACAUCAGAAGGCUGGACACGUACCUUUUCGCAAGGACUGCGCUACGUGCGUAUCUGGAGCAGCGGCCUCAAGAGCUCAUCGGAAACUCUCGCAUCCACACGUUCACACGUUGAAUGUUGAUUUGAUGGGUCCGUUCAAAACAAAAGGAUGGGAUGCUACUUGUCGUAAGAAAACUGAAGGGAAUUUGAAGUAUGCCCUUGUAGGAUGUUAUCGAUUCCCCGAUCCGUUAGAUCCCGCUCCACCUUGGCCUGAGACGGGUACCAAAGGAGAAGAGGAUGAGGUUCAGGAGGAGCGGUGUGACGAAAAAAUCCCGGAUCCCUUUGAGUGCGAGGAACAUGAGGAAGGUCUAGAGGAUUAUGUCCCAUCUGAAAAGGAGGAUGAAGGGAAGGAAGGAGAUGAGACGUUUGAGGAAUUUCCUGAGAUCUUCGAGAGUGAAGCACAGGAUGACACUACGAAGCACAAGGCACAGGUACAGAGCCCCGAGUGGGAUCUGAAGUGGGAAGGUGCAACGAAGUUGUUGCAUUUCGCAGUGCCGCUGAGCAGUAGCAAAGCGUCAGGCUUCAUUCAGACAGAGGACGAGAAUUUGAGAAUGCUUCAUUGA